GUCUACUUCUCGGUGCUGCCGCAAAUCUUUCCGUCCGCCGCGGCAAAAGAGGCGGCCGCGUCCGCCGAGCCGCCGGUGCUGCCACGGAGGGCGCUGAUCCUGAUGGAUAUAUCGCCGAGCAAGUCAAAGAGUACGGGCCGGUGUUUCAGAUGAACUACUUCGGCCGGAAAACUGUCAUUGUAGGUGGUGCAGACGGCGUGAUCGGUUUUACCAGUGCCGAGAAGAACAUUACAAAGUCUGCUUUGCCAGAUACUUUCUCGCAGCUGCACACUGAAUACGGCACUAUGAACCUUGCAGGGGAAGUCCACAAGACCAGCCGUGUGGGAUUGAUCAACUCUGCUCUAUGCGACGAGGCUUUCGAAUUUUUUCUUCCAGUAAUCCAGGCACGCUGCUCGGAGUUUCUGGAUUCUGUGGAGUCCAGAGGCAAGUUCCGGCCGGCGCAGGAGCUAAAGGACUGGAGUGUGACACUCUUUGCAGAGCUUUUCACCGGCAUCCCUUUCGACAAGGAAAUGCUGAAGUUGCUUUACAGCUACAACGAGGGGCUCUACGGGCUGAUCCCCCUGAAGCUCCCCUUCACAGCUUUUGGACGCGGUUUUCGGGCCAAGGACGAGCUUGUUAGCCGGCUCCGGAGACAGAUCGAGGAACUGAUGCAGAGUGGCCAGAUCGAGGAGCAAAGACUACUGCUACUACUACGACGACGACGACAGCUGCUACUACUACUACUACUACUACUAAUACUAUUAUUACUACUACUACUACUACUACUACUGCUGCUACUGCUGCUAAUGUUGCUGCGACUGCUACUGCUACUGCUACUUUACUAG